GAAUCAGGAAGGAGACUAUCGAAACUAACGGGAGAUGUAUCAAGUCUUGACUUUAGUUUAUUAAUGCUCUAUUCAGCUCAACUAGUGAUGCCAGGACGACCGUCCGCUAGAAUUUAAUAUUAUCAUUAUGUACUUCAUGUUACAAAAACAUGUGAGGCGAAAAGUUGUAAUCUCUGACAGUCCUCAAACGCACCAUGUGUCUAUCCUGUACGGAGACGCCCGUUCAUGUGGGUGGGUCAAAAGAAAAUACAUUCCACGGACACACACCGUUAGGAAAUAGUAUACAUUUAUCCCCGAACUUUUAAAAAAAUCAUUUUAUAAGGAUUCUGCAGUAGUCGAUUUUUAUCCUGGCAGAAACUACAAGUUGAUGAACUACACACGGCAGUAGCACGGCUUAUCAAUCCAUCGACUCGGGUUGUGUUUAUCACCACGGUGAAUCGCAAUGAAGUUCGUGUCUCUGCUGCUACUGCUGUCCUGUGCUUGCAGGGGCUACAGAGCUCAGGUUAAGAAUUACGGGGACAGUGUCCAAUUUAUGUUUUUUAAAUGGGCAACAACUGUAAAGUUCAUCCCGGAACACGGGGCAGAGAGAGUCAUUUGGAGAAUUUCAGAGCCUUAUGACUCUUCCAGUCACAGGGGGAGGAUGACCAUCAAAACCACUCGUAUGUUCUACGAUAUGAACAACGUAACCCAUGAAGAUGCUGGCACCUAUAUAGCGCUGGAUAACGUAGGCAACAAGUUGAACAGACACACACUUCAAGUACAAGCAUUGACACUGUCCUAUGACGUGGCCCUCAAUGGGAAAUUCAACUAUAGUUUCAAUCUUGAUCCUAAUAACUGCAACAUUUAUUUUAUCCAAAUAAAAGAUGGGGAAGAAUGGUCUGAGAUUAAUGUAGUUUAUAAAGGAAGGCUGCAGAGUUCCAGAAGUAGGGGAUGGAUCUGUGGAGAACUUACUUUAAUAGAUCCAUGUCACAUUUCAAUUCAGGAUUUUGAAUUGUCAUGCAAUGGACGCUACAAGGUCAAAGAUCUUAAGAACAACCUGGUUUACUCUGUGGAAUUAAUUGCAAUCUCUCCUUCUAUUAACGUUACGGUGCUGGUGGUUUCCAUCGUUAGUGCUAUCGCUGCCUUGAUGUGCUGCUGCUGUUGCAUUAAAUGUAGCAAUAAAAGCUCGAAAAAAGAAAUUGAUGGUAUUGUAGCAGCUAAUGAUCCGGCUGCACAACACAAUGAGUAUGAACGGGAGCCUGCUGUUUUACUUUUGGGUGAAGGCAAUCGGCCUCCUGAGACGCCCCCUGUUUACCCCUAUUCUUCCACUAGCCCCCAGAUACACAAUCCUACCCUGAAUGUACCACCCUCAUAUUCUCAGGUUGUAGCUCCAUCACGGCCGUCACAUGAUCCCACUGUCUCUUAUUCCGCUAACCCCUGUGCUCCUCCUUCUGACCCCACUGUCUCCUACUCCUUCCACUCCUCUCUGCCUCCUCCUCCUGAGCCCACUGUCCCUGACUCCUGUGGACCCACUGCCCCUUUGUCCUCCGACCCCAUGCCACAGUUUGAAUGGAAGGGAUUGAACCUCUCAUCUGCAGCUCCUCUCAGCUCAGACUCCAACUACAGUAGUGUCUACACCUCAGACAAGCUUAACUUCCUCUAAAAUUAAAAAAAAAAAAGCAGUCCAAAGUUUUGUGCACUGACAAGGUCACAUGUCACCAAGGGACGUUUCUGUGUUGUUUCACUGUGGCAAGUAUUUGUUUUUUUAAACACCAGGAAACAAACAGAAAAGUGAAGACCACGAUAAGUUUUCACUGCCUUAAACGUUCAGGGCCUUCACCGACCAUGUGUGACGAGCAUGUUUAAAGCCAUAGAUAAAGCCAGACCGUCCCAGGUGAGCACGGAAGUUUCAUCAAACAUAUAGCAGCUCUACUGACAGCUGUGCCAACAACAGCCAUAGACCUUUACUCAGGUCUGAAUAUGGACUUGACACUACAUGAAUCACAGAAAGUGCAAUUUUUACCAUUUUACCACCAAAUGUAAUUCACAAGAGCCGCACAUUUCAUCCCCUCAAAUGAUGGUAGCAGUGCAGUGUUGAUCAUUCGUAUUAUUAUUUUUUUAAUAUGUAUAUGUUGCAUUUACGUCAUCAUCUGCAGUGACCUUAAGUGGAAAUUUAAGGCCUGAUCUUCAGCUGAAGAGCACAGCAUCAGCUGAACGUUUAGUUAAAUUGUUUUGGAGUCAGCCUCCUAUUACGUGCUUUCAGUCAUUAGUUAUUAA